AUUUAAUGAAAAUACAAAAGAUAACUAGGAUUAAUACAUUUAAUACAUAAUAUUACGAUUUAAUCAUAAUCUUCGUACAGUCAAAAUAAAAUCAUGACAGAUAAAAACAUUGAAGAACUCGGACCAUCGGAUUUAGGCACACGUGAUUAUUGGGAGAGGAUUUAUUCAGAAGAACUUGAUAAUUUUAAAGAACACGGAGAUGUAGGUGAAAUAUGGUUUGGUAGAAAUAAUACACUAAAAGUCAUACGUUGGAUUAAUAUGCAAUUAAAACUUAACAAAGAUGACAAAAUAGUCGAUAUAGGAUGUGGAAACGGAAUGACAUUAGUGGAACUUACAAAACAAGGUUUUGAAAAAUUGCUAGGUGUAGAUUAUUCGGAGAAGGCAGUGGACUUAGCUCGUGAAGUACUGAAGGAAAAUAAUAUGUCACACGUCGAAUUAAAAGUUUGCGAUAUACUCGAUUCAGAAAAUUUUAAUUUACCGAUUGACUUUAAAUUAGUACAUGAUAAAGGAACUUACGAUGCCAUCAGCUUACAUCCAGAAGAUCCUUCGUCAAAACGGCAAAAGUAUAUAGAAAAUAUAUACAAAAUUCUGUUACCUUCUGGUUACUUAGUUUUAACUUCAUGUAAUUGGACUAAAGAAGAAAUAGAGAAACAUUUUCAAAAUUAUUUUGACAUCUUACAUGUGCUUCCUGCUGACACAUUUGUAUUUGGUGGACAAACUGGAAACAUUGUAACACAAUUAGUUCUCCAAAAGAAAUAAUAAAAAGGUCGAUUAACAAAA